AUGACACGGCUGCCGUCGUGGCUGAAGACCCCCAUCCCAGACUCCAAGAACUACCAGCGGCUGAAGCGCGACCUGCGCGGGCUGAACCUGCACACCGUGUGCGAGGAGGCCCGCUGCCCCAACAUCUCCGACUGCUGGGGCGGCAGCGACAAGUCGCACGCCACGGCGACGAUCAUGCUGAUGGGCGACACGUGCACGCGUGGCUGCCGCUUCUGCAGCGUCAAGACGUCGCGCCGCCCGCCGCCGCUCGACCCGCACGAGCCUGAGAACACCGCCGAGGCCAUCUCGCGCUGGGGGCUCGGCUACGUCGUGCUCACCAGCGUCGACCGCGACGACCUCGCCGACGGCGGCGCCCGCCACUUCGCCGAGACCGUCAUGAAGAUCAAGUCCAAGGCCCCCAGUAUCCUCGUCGAGUGUCUCACCGGCGACUACGCCGGUGACACCGACAUGGUCGCCCUCGUCGCCCGCUCCGGCCUCGACGUCUACGCCCACAACGUCGAGACCGUCGAGGCUCUCACCCCCUUCGUCCGCGACCGCCGCGCCACCUUCCAGCAGUCCAUCCGCGUCCUCCAGGCCGCCAAGGCUGCCCGCCCCGAUCUCAUCACCAAGACCUCGCUCAUGCUCGGCCUCGGCGAGUCCGACGAGCAGAUCGAGGACGCCCUCCGUCAGCUUCGCGCUGUCAAUGUCGACGUAGUCACCUUCGGCCAGUACAUGCGUCCCACGAAGCGCCAUAUGGCCGUGCAUGAAUACGUCACGCCGGACAAGUUUGAGCACUGGCGCCUGCGCGCGCUCGAGAUGGGCUUUUUGUACUGUGCGUCGGGCCCGCUGGUCCGCAGCAGUUACAAGGCCGGCGAGGCGUUCAUCGAGAACGUGCUGAAGAAACGUCGGGCGGCUGGUGCGACAGGCGAGUCUGUGCGCGAUGGCGCGGUUGCGAUGGACGAGGCGCGGUGA